AUGGCCUCUAAGACUGCCUCCUUCCUCCUGUUCUCUUUAGGACCAGCACUUGCCCUUGCUCAAGGCAAGCGCGGUCUAUCGUACAACAACGGUACUCUCGCAAACCUAUUCAGCGGAUAUGACCAAGUCACAUGGGUCUACAACUGGGGAUUUGAUCGCAUUGGAGCCGAUAGCUCCUUUGACUUCUCGCCCAUGCUUUGGGGCCUCCCCUCCUCGGACAAUCCAGACUGGACAGCAGCAGUUCAAGUGCAAGGCACAAAGGAGAUACUCGGUUUCAACGAGCCGGACUUGGGCUCUCAAGCCAACAUCAACCCGUCCGAUGCUGCCGCUGGUUAUCGCAAGUUUAUGGAGCCUUUUGCCAAUCAGGUCCGAAUCUCGACUCCUGCGGUGACAAAUGGACCGCCCCCAGGCAUGGGAAUCGGUUGGAUGGAUCAGUUCUUUGGGAAUUGUACAUCCUGCACGCUGGAUUUCGUGGCUAUUCACUGGUACUCGAACAACGACCCGGAAGGCUUCAAGUCCCAUGUGCAGCAAUUCUACAAGUACAAUCUUCCUAUUUGGAUCACUGAGUUUGCGGCUAGUGGCACGGAGGACGAACAGAUCUCGUUCCUGCAGGCGGUUCUUCCUUGGCUUGAUUCGGAGCCUAAUGUGGAGCGAUACGCUUAUUUUGGUGACUUCCCGGGCUUUCUAGCAAAUGAGAAUGGAGACGGUCUCUCGCAGCUUGGUCAAGUCUAUGCCACUUAUAGUGAAUAG